UUGGCGGUAAGAAAACGCGGUUGUUACCAAUGUUACUGGUCUCGACGGUUCUUGUAACUUGCGGUACUUGUUGCAUCUGACCAGUUUCUACUUAUUUCUAUUGCUUUCCACACGUUAAUAGUCGAAGAAAGUGAACUGAAAAAAUGUUUGAGGCACGUUUGGUACAAAGUGCGAUUUUGAAGAAAGUGUUAGAUGCAAUAAAGGAUCUUUUAACCGAAGCUACUUUCGAAUGCUCCGACUCUGGUAUUCAAGUCCAAGCUAUGGACAAUGCUCACGUCUCUUUAGUUUCCCUUAAUCUGAGAAGCGAUGGUUUUGACAAAUACAGAUGCGACAGGAAUUUGUCAAUGGGUAUGAGCGUCGCAUGUAUGUCUAAAAUCCUACGAUGUGCUGGUGCAGAAGAUACAGUAACUUUACGAGCAUUAGAUAAUCCAGAGAAUAUUAUAUUUAUAUUUGAAUCGCCGAACAAAGAAAAAUUGGCUGAGUAUGAAAUGAAACUUAUAAACAUGGAUCAGGAACACCUUGGUAUUCCUGAUACCUCAUAUUCAUGUGUUGUAAGGAUGCCAUCCCAAGAAUUUUCACGUAUCUGUAGAGAUUUAAGUCAGUUUGGAGAAUCGAUAACAUUUGCAUGUUCUAAAGAGGGUAUAAAGUUUAGUGCUUCUGGAGAUUAUGGACAAGCCACUAUUAAGUUAGCACAAACAGCUGAUGCCGACAACGAGGAUGAAGCAGUUGUCGUCAAUAUGCAAGAACCAGUAAAAUUAACAUUUUCGUGCCGUUACCUUAACUGUUUUAUAAAGGCUGGUCCCCUUUGUCCACAAGUACAACUGUCUAUGUCUAACGAUGUGCCCUUGGUAUGCGAAUACAAAAUUGGAGAUAUUGGACAUAUUAGAUAUUACCUGGCACCAAAAAUUGAUGACGACGAAGAAAAUUAAGCAUCCUGUAGACUUACUUUGAUGUAUAAGCUAUAAUAUUAUUAAUCCCGUGUAACAUAACAUUGAUUAAUUUCAUAUAAAUACCAUGAUUCCAUUAGUUUUGUAUUUAUCAUGGUACUAGGGAUUAAGAAUCUUCAAAUUUUUACUUAACAAAAUAAUAGCACUAUCGUCGUGAAAGAGAAGGUAUAUUUUGAUAUUCGUUGUUAAGGAACGAUUAAGGAUGAUUAAAAAUACUUUGAAGGUAAUAUAUUUAAAUUUUACAUUUAAAAGUCAUUUGGCUCGUCACAGUGUUAGCGCAACGUAGAAUUGACACUAAGAUUCAUAGUAGAGUGACACGAUCAUGAUUAACAUGGUAAUAUGGUGUCAUUCUCGUAAGAUUUAUAUUGUUACCGUUUCAUAAACUGUGACAAUAUUUUGAUAAUAUUGCGUUUUUUUAUAUGUAAGAAGAACUCAAUAUAUUUCCAAAACAUUUGAUAAAUUUUUGAAUUAUGUGUUAUCCUUAUAUCCUAGCCUAAUUGAAGUUCAAAUUUUUCACUUACUUUAGUUAUCUUAUUUCUUAUACCUUUUGUGUAUAAGCUAGUUUAAUAUAAAAAUACAUAAUUAGCUUACGAGCUGAGGGAAUAAGAGGGCUACCAUGGAUGGAAUAGCCUAGAAGUAUACAGUUAAAUCUUACACAAUUUGGAUCUCGUAUAGUUACUAAAUAAUUAAAUAUUAAUCAAUAAAUGUUGAUUUAUACUAUGAAUUAUUUUACACGCACAUACUGCGAAGACCUGUAUAUCGUCAUUCUUAUUCAUACAUGUUUAAAUGAAACUUCUAAUCAAAAUAAAUACUUUUGGUAUGCCGC